UGAGUUCCGGGAAACUUUACAAACAAUACGUUGGUAAAAUUUAACCUCGACAAAAUAACGAUGAACAGUGUAAUAUGUAUAGAGAUAUAAAAAUACUGGAUAAAUAGUGAAAUUUAUUUUUGGAAAAUAUGUUAAUUUCGUAAUUUCCAGUCCAUAUUUUGUGACUAUUUAUACUAUUUUUCUAUCAACGUUAUAUGAUUCAUGAAAAUGAUGUCAUUGCCAUGUAAUAAAUUCCGUUGCAUUACGUGUGGUAACAUCGUUUGAAAAGUAUCCGCAGUUUUGACGUUUCGAAGACGAACGCAUUGUUUACGUUGUGUAAUUUCAAAACAAGUGUCAAUUCAUUUGUGCUGAAAGGAUAAAUAAAAAAUAUGGGACAAAUGCAGGAAAAAAAUCAGGAUUCAUUUGUCAUCGACGAGAAUGACAAUAAUGGUUUAAUAUUGAACAAUCAGUACAUUCCAGAGGAAGUGUUGGCCAGUGUAUUGUAUCACGUCGAUCAUAAAUCGCUGGUAAAAUGUAUGUUAGUUUGUAAACGAUGGAAUUAUUUGAUACGCAAUUACGUGUGGAGGAAAAAGAGUGAGACGAUACUCGGUCGAUUAUUGCCAGCUGACGAUGAACAUUUACCAUGGUCGUUGCACUAUCUUAUUUGUAAGCCGCACGGACCGUUCGAGAGGAAUUUGGUGAAAAAUCAUUCAGGAAGUGAGGGACUCAAGAAACAUUGGCGGAUCAUUCGAAAUCAAGGUAAUAAAUGGUCAGUUGAGGAGCCGCCGGUUGGCGUGCCGGCAUUACCGGAAAGUGAAACAUUGUUUCAGGAGAAGAAAAUAUGUUUCGUCACCUCCUACGAUUAUUGUAGUAAAACACAAACAAUUGAUCUUAUCAAGGAAGGAUUAACUGCUCAUAUUUUGGAUGAGGUCCAACCACAUAUUCAAUUUAGCGAGUGGUACAGUGCCCGAUGGGACUGCAGAGCUUGCUACGAAUGUUCAGUGACAUUACUCAAGGAUGAUGAAGAAGUUGUAGCAUCAUUUGAAUUUAACGAUAUUCUCGAAGGUGAAAAACAAAAUGUUUGGUUGCAGGUCAAUCACGUUUUCGAAAACUAUGGAAGUGGCGUAAGAAAAAUUAGAUUAUGGCAUCAGGGGAAAGACAGACAGUUCUGGUAUGGACAUUAUGGUAGUAAAAUGGCUGGUUCUUGUAUCAAGGUGAAAAUUCCAUUACUUCAAGAUGAGAAGAAAAAAGGAUAAAAUUGUGUACAGUAUCCAAAUAAAAAUACAUCAGUGAAACCCCGAGUUUUCGAGCAUUGUAAUAAUUUGUAAUAAUCGACUUUACUUAAACAUAAUCUGUAUUUAUUUUAUUUUUUUAAAAAAAAAAUUCGUUAUUUUUAAUAAAUUGUUUAUAAUUAUUAUGAUAUACAUAAUAGAAACAUCUUUUCUUCAAAAAUUUCUUCAAAGAAUGAAAAUUUUUAAUUAUACCAACAAUAUUUUUUAUAUAUAAGAGUUUUUACUGUAUCCGAGUUUUCAUCUAAUCUGAGACAAAUCUUAUCAACAUUAUAAUGCGAAUAAGCGGGAUUUUACCUAAUAAUUAAAUUUACUUGUUGAAAAUUGUUGCUCUCUAGAAGAACACUGUAUUUUCAAUACGAAAGUUUUAAUCUUAUCUCUAAUUUAUAUUUACAUUUCGUAUGCGCUUAUUACAAGAAAAAUUUAUAGUUAAUGUUAAUGUUAUUUAUAUACAUAAGUCAAACUGGUUUUGAAGUGUAUUACUUUCAAUAUUUGAUGCA